CGUGGUCUCGAUGUCCCGCGGUCUGGUGCGAUGGGUGGCGAGGCGGAGAGUCCUGCACAGGGUGUGGGCGAGGGAGAGCAUACCGAGCGUUUUGUGGAGGGAGGUGUUGCGAGAUAUGGGGAGGGUGCGGGUGUCGCGGAGGAGGACGAGGCAGACGUCAACCUCGAAGUUGGCGUGGCUGAGGGGGAGCGGACACCGAGGGGAGAGGGGGGCGUGCCCAAGCUCGAUCCGAUGGCUCGUCAGAGGACGGUGGACUGGGAGCGGAGGUGCGGGAAGAAGCCCGUCCCGCCUGAGACGGCAUGCACGCCGAGUUCUUCGAAGAGUGUUGUUCCUGAUAGAGCAUGCACGUCGGGUUCUUCGAAGAGGAAGGGGGGGGGUGCACAUCUUUCUGCCACCAAUGCAGGGAAGAGGCUGCGGCAGCAGAAAAUGACGGACACGUAUGGUGGCGAGUGGAUUGGUCAAUGGAGGAAGGCAUUCUUUCGCUGGGUGUAUUCCAGCAGGAUUGCCUUCAAUGCCUUCCGCAACACACCGUACCGAGACCUCCAGCAGAUUGCUCUUCGACAACCUGGUGGAGCACCUCUUCCCGUGCUUCCAUCCCACAGCGAGAUCGCAAGCAUGCGAGCUGUGGAGAUCCACCGCGAGGAGCUAGCGGAGGAGUUGGAGGAGAUGAGGCAGCCAUUAUGGACGUAUCGCGUACCUUUCAUAGGUACCACUGCGACACCAUGCCCCGAUCCUCCUCCCCCGGAGCCUUCAGUGCCCACACUAUCUCCAUCUAUCACUGUCACCUCGCCUCGGCAAUUCGCUCACUUCAUUCGACAGGACGACGUCACCUUCUUUAUGGUGGACGUGACGGAUCUCUUACACUAUGAUCCACUCUGUCCCGACGCCGAGCUCAUCCCUCUGGAGCCAGAUCCUCCCUCUAUCUCCAUGGCUCCCAUCUCUACUUCUGUCCCUCCGCCGUCCGUCGAGUCCACCCCGCCGUCGCGCGCUGACGUUGACGCUGAGGAACUCGCACAAUAUAUGGCUAACCUGGAGCCCGCAGUUCGUGACCUCAUCCGAGAGUACCACGACGUUUUCCCAUCGUCGUUCUCGUACGCCGGCAUCCCACCGAUGCGUGACGUCGAGCACUCCAUUCAGCUUGUGGCUGACUAUUGUGUUCACCACCAGGCACCCUACAGACUCUCGAUCCCCGAGGCCACCAAACUCAAGCGUCAGCUUGAGGAGCUCCUGAGACUGGGUUUCAUUAAACCCAGCAACUCCCCGUGGGGUGCACCCGUCCUCUUUGCUCGCAAAGCGGAUGGAACUCUCUGUCUCUGCAUCGACUAUCGCGGUCUCAACCGCUACACGGUUAAGAACAGCUACCCCAUGCCUCGUUCCGAUGAGCUGUUCGACCGCCUAGCAGGCAACCGCUUCUUUACAAAGAUUGAUCUUCGUAGCGGUUACCAUCAGAUUCUCGUUGCUGCAGCCGACCAGCCGAAGACUGCGUUCCGAUCGCGAUUCGGCCACUACGAGUUCACAGUGAUGCCAUUCGGCCUCACCAAUGCACCCGCCACCUUUCAGAGGGCGAUGAACGACAUCUUCAGGGACAUCCUGGAGCAGUACGUUCUCGUCUACCUCGACGAUAUCCUGGUCUACAGUCGUACCCUUGAGGAGCACCUCAGACACCUCCGCGACGUCCUUGACUGCUUGCGCAGACAUGGCUUCUACGCCAAGCUGAGCAAGUGCCGCUUUGCCCAGCACAAAGUAAAUUUCUUAGGACACUACGUGUCUGACCAGGGUCUCUACAUGGACGACGCGAAGAUCACUGCUAUUGCGGAGUGGCCCGCCCCCACAUCCGCCAAGCAGCUUCGUAGCUUCCUAGGCCUGACCAGCUACUAUAGUAACUUCAUCCGGGGAUACGCUAGGUAUUCCUACGUCCUUACCUCCACCCUCCUCCGGAAGAACCCACCCUUGGCAUGGACACCCCUCCACGAGGACGCCUUCCACGCCCUCAAGAAGGCGGUGACAUGCGCACCGGUUCUUCACCUACCCGAUUUUGAUCGCCCUUUUAUCCUUACCACCGAUGCGUCAGACUUUGUUGUAGGAGCAGUGCUUUCUCAGGUCUUCCCCUCCUCUCCUGAUUCCUCUCAUCCUCGUAUCCCUUACUUCCCACCACUUACCCCUCACUUGACCAUUCUAUUGACUGACGCCUACUCGUCUACUCGUCCAGCUACUGACGAGCCCUCUAUUGACCAUUCUCCUACCAUCGCCGAGGACGGCACUGUCGAGUCUCGCUAAGGUGAUUGUCCGAUAGCCUUCUACUCCCGUCAGCUCCUGCUCGCCGAGAUAAACUACACUGUUGAUG